GUCGGAGGCGGGGACGACAUCCGGACCGUUUCUGCGCAGGCGCCAAUUGAAGGUGGGAAAAGGCGCAAUUUACAAGGACAACAACAACAGAAAGUGCCGGAGGAAUUGGGCCCGUCUUUUGUUUCAGGGAUAUCGUAUUGGAAGGCUUCAUCCGUGGUCCGUGUCAGUCUGCACUCGCCGUGAGGGACAGACACCAUGAGUAAACAGAAGGAUUCCACAGCUACGUCAGUUAUUUUGAAGUAUUUGACCGAUCAGAAUCGGCCCUACAGUGCUCAGGAUGUUUUCGGGAAUCUCCAGCGAGAGCACCAUUUUGGGAAAACGGUUGUAGUGAAAGCCCUUGAGCAGCUCGCACACGAUGGCAAAAUUAAAGAGAAGGCGUACGGGAAACAGAAGAUUUACUUUGCUGAUCAGAGUCAAUUUACGGCGGUGGGUGAAGCCGACCUGAAGGCACUCGAUAACCAGAUCCGAGAGCUGAGCGAGAAGUUCCAGAGCGUUCAGCAGAGCUGCCGACAGAUGGAAGCAGAACUUAAGGUGCUCAGUAAUUCGAUGACGACUGAAGAGAUGUCGGCAGAAAUUGCAGCCUUAAAGCAAGAAUGUGCAUCUUACCAGGCGAGACUGCAGAAGAUCAAAUCUACGAGCAAUCAUGUGACCCCAGAGGAGAAGGAGCAGGUUUACAAUGAGCGGAAGCGGUUCGUAAAAGAGUGGCGGAAAAGAAAGAGAAUGGCAACAGAUCUGAUUGACGCUAUUCUGGAAGGGUAUCCCAAAAGCAAGAAGCAGUUCUUUGAAGAGCUUGGGAUCGAAACAGACGAAGACCACUCUGUUUCUGUGCCGGACCUGUGAGGACCACGGUCCGCGGAGAACCGGGCAGUCAAGCUCCUCGAAGAUCUGACGCCAUUACCCACUGACUGUGUCUGCAACCCUUUAGCCUCCAAAAGUCUUGUUUAAUUCUGUCCGCUCAGUGAAUCCAGCUGUUUAGCGACUUUUCUGCGACUGGUGGCCACUGAAAUCUUCCUCACUGGGUGGAAAUCAUUGUGAAACCCAAGCAUUUCUAGAGUUUUUUCUCCUUUGGAGACCUCUGAGCAAAUUGCCUUUUUGAUUUGCAGUCUUCGAAUGGACAUAUCAGCGUUUUAAACUGUUGUGAGGUCGUGUCGAACAGGAGACUACUGUUCAAGAUCGUACUGAUUUUCUUGUCGUGCUCCGCUCUCAUUUCUCCAACUCCCUUAUAACAGAAAUAUCAGAAUAAAAGAUCAGUCUUCACAACCCUCUGGGAUGAAGCAGACAUUUCUCCUCAGAGUCGUAAUGAAGUACACCCUAUUCAGAGACUGUGACCCCUGGAAACUUAGCCCGGGGAAAUUUUACGACGCGUCGUUGGAAGUUUGAAAACUCUGAAGGGAAGAUGACCAGCAGACAAGUCACUGCUGGUUUUGAAUUCCCGCAAGUGUCAUCCUAAACUUUGAUCCAGGGCUCCGCUCGAGAUCUCUGCAUGGACGUGGCAUCCUGGCACAGCGUCAGAGUCUAAUUACGAAACUGCGGAGAGGGGCUUUAUAAAUGAACGUGAGGAUUUUCUUACUGGGGUCUUCAUCAACAGUGAUGGAGUUUAGUGUGGGCUGGGAGCGUGUGCUUGAUGGAUUUUGUGUUUUCACGCAUGUUUCUGUGGAGAUAAUUAACCGAGUACAAAUAAAG